UCUCGUGGGAUAUUCCUCCGAAUAAUUAUUUAUUUUAUAUUUACAUAAUUUUUUUUCCCACUCCUCUCCCUCUCCGGGCCUCCGCUCCCCGUGUCUCCCCCCACCUCGCCGACUCGCGCCUUCUAGAAUCUUCGAAUCGCGAUCGCCUCCUCCCACCUCGGCCCAGCAACGAGCUCCCUCCCAUGGUGGCCUCCAGAGGAUAGCGGGAGAGAUCGGAAUCGUAGGGUUUUGGGGGAGGCGGCGGUGGGGGAGAUGAGCGGGGAGGUGGAAUGCAGAGUGUGCCACGCGAAGGUGCAGGUGCCGAUGGCGGCGGCGGCGGUGUCGAAGGCGUACGACAUCCACCGGAGCUCCGUGUCGUCGAGGCAGCGCGCGCUCAACGUCCUCCUCGUCUCCGGCGACUGCGUCCUCGCCGGCCUACAGCCUAUAUUGGUGUACAUGUGUAAAGUGGAUGGGAAGUUCAAAUUUAGCCCAGUUAGUGUAAACUUCUUGACAGAGAUUACAAAAAUUAUAUUUGCCAUCAUCAUGCUAUGCAUCCAGGCCAGGCGCCUAAAGGUGGGAGAGAAGCCAUUUCUCACAGUUUCAACAUUCAUGCAGGCUGCUCGCAACAAUGUUCUUCUUGCAGUUCCUGCUCUUUUCUAUGCUAUCAACAAUUACAUGAAGUUUGUAAUGCAGCUAUAUUUUAAUCCUGCAACAGUGAAAAUGUUGGGUAAUCUCAAGGUUCUGGUGAUUGCUGUGCUCCUAAAGGUGAUAAUGAGGAGGCGUUUCUCCACAAUUCAGUGGGAAGCCCUUGCUCUUUUGUUGAUUGGUAUAUCGGUUAAUCAGCUCAAAUCACUGCCUGAAGGUUCUAGUACACUUGGUCUUCCUGUUGCUGCUGGUGCCUACCUAUACACAUUAUUUUUCGUAACAGUUCCUGCAUUGGCUUCAGUUUACAAUGAAAAGGCUCUGAAAAGCCAGUUUGAUACCAGUAUAUAUCUUCAGAACUUAUUUCUGUAUGGAUAUGGUGCAAUAUUUAAUUUCCUAGGGCUUGUGAUCACUGCCAUCAUCCAAGGUCCUAGUAGCUUUAAUAUUCUGGAAGGGCAUUCAAAGGCCACAAUGUUUCUUAUUUGCAACAAUGCCGCUCAGGGCAUAUUAUCGUCAUUUUUCUUCAAAUAUGCAGAUACAAUAUUGAAGAAGUACUCAUCAACAAUCGCCACAAUCUUUACUGGAGUAGCAUCUGCUGUGUUGUUUGGUCAUACUCUGACCAUAAAUUUUGUUCUUGCAAUAUCAAUAGUAAUUAUAUCUAUGCAUCAGUAUCUCUCGAACCAAAUUAAGGAUGAAGUUCCGAGCAGUAAAAUUGAGAUGGGUGAUGCUCAUGAGCACAGAUCGAAGGAAUCUGUAGUCGUCAACGUGUCUGAUUCUAUUGCUACUGAGGCUAAACACAGGCACGGUACUGAUGAGAGGCAGCCACUUCUUCCUGUUUGAUCCUCUAUUCCUGAGGUUUUCUUCUUGGCACAGUAGCUGCCAACUGAUACAAUUCAGCUUGGUUCCACACCAAGGAGAAGCAGCAUACAUCUUACCAACACAGUCCUCAUUAGAGAAGUAGAGAGUUGAAAGCUUAUAAUGGUGUUCAUAGCCUUCUUUUUGACCUAAUGUUCGCCAUUUUGAGUUAACUGUGGCAAGAACACCUCUGCAUAUCUAAUUCAGUGGCGCAACCGAAUCGUGUGAGUUUACUGAUAUAGAGUAGCGGGGGGAUGAAGGAUACCUUCAGCGUUGUUGCGUGUGAUGAGAUCACACUUACAAAGCUUGAAUCGAAGCAGCAUUCAUCCAUUCCAUUCGUUUGUGUUGGUUUUGUAGAUAGCAGCAGCAAUAUGUUCCCUUGCAAGUCUUGCAUAGUAAUUUAAACAGAUGCUGUUCCGUGCUGUACUUACUGUACAGUUGUUGCAUGACAAGAGCCGACUGAUUUGCUGAGAAAGGCUCGUCCUUUAUGGAUGGAUUAAAUG